AUUUUUUACAAGUGACACUUUUUUUUCAAAAGCAGCAGAUAUUUCACACUUGUAUUUUUUCUCUCUCUCCUCUUUUUGUUCUAAUUCAUCCGAGUGAAAAUGUCUGAUUCAAAACAAGAGCAAACGUCAUAUGAAGAAUAUGCACAGCAAUAUCAAGACUAUUAUAACUAUUAUUAUGAUAGUAAUGGUAGUCAUAAUAACAAUACUAGUAAUGCAAACUAUGACUACCAUGAUGCACAAGGAAGUGAUGCAUACAAUAAUGACAAUAAAUCCGAUUAUCAAACGGAUAGAACCGACAAUAGAGGCUAUAGAAGCAAUUACUCUAGUCGAUACGGCAGCAACAACAACAAUAACAAUAACAGUGGCAGUAGUUAUAAUAAUAGCAGAUAUAACAGUAGCAGUAAUAGCAAUGGCAUGCAUAGAAUGGAAGACACUAUCUACAUUAGCAAUUUACCGCAAGAUGUCACAGAAGAGAAACUUGCAGAACAUUUUGGUUCGAUUGGGAUUAUUAAAACAGACAAGAAAUUGAGAAAACCAAAAAUCUGGAUUUAUAUGGACAAGGCAACUAACCUUCCUAAAGGAGAUGCAACCAUUACGUAUGACGACCCUCCUUCUGCUGAUGCCGCUAUUAAUUGGUUUGGAGGAAAAGAAUUUAUGGGAAAUGUGAUUCAAGUGAGCAAGGCUGAACGAAAGAUGAACAUUGACAGAGGUCGUGGUGGUUUCAGCAAUAGAGGAGGAGGAAGAGGUAGAGGAGGCGACCGUAACAGUGCUGCCAGAGAUGGAGAUUGGUCUUGUGAAGAAUGCGGCGCAAAUAAUUUCUCAAGAAGAGAUGAGUGUUUCAGUUGUCACAAACCAAGACAAGGAAAGAGACAUGACGACAGAAGAGGUGAUGAUAGGAGAGGUGAUGACAGAAGAGGUGAUGACAGAAGAGGCGAUUACAGAGGCAACCGUUCUCAUCGACGUGAUCGUCCUUAUUAAGAAGAAUAAAGCAAAGAAAUGCGCUUAUGAUGUGUAUACGUGUGCAUUCAAUAAAAAAGAAAGCUAGUCUCCACAUGAGAAUACUACUAUUGUUACCCUUGUUUCCUUGAUGAUUCAUAAGGUCUUUGGUCAAAUAUGUGUUUUGCUUAAAAAAUACCCUAGACUCACUUUGCAUUUGAAAGCUGGAAGGGGCCUAUUUUUUAAACUAUAAUGGUGGUAUAUGUUCUACUGUGCUAAUAGCAAUGCUCCCCUUACAAUAAAUGACUGAUAUAAGGUAACAAGAACAUAUUACAGUAACUACGAUCGCCUUCUCCACAACACAGAUUUUGUCAAAGACAAUAGCAUCAAGAAGUUGAUGAAC